AUGCCGCCGUGCCCUCCAGCAGUCUGUCAGCACGCCGCCGUGCCCUCCAGCACUGUGUCCGCACACCGCCGUGCCCUCCAGCACUGUGUCUGCACGCCGCCGUGCCCUCCAGCACUGUGUCUGCACACCGCCGUGCCCUCCAGCACUGUGUCCGCACACCGCCGUGCCCUCCAGCACUGUGUCCGCACACCGCCGUGCCCUCCAGCAGUGUGUCCGCACGCCGCCGUGCCCUCCAGCAGUGUGUCAGCACGCCGCCGUGCCCUCCAGCACUGUGUCCGCAUGCCGCCGUGCCCUCCAGCAGUGUGUCUGCACGCCGCCGUGCCCUCCAGCACUGUGUCCGCACGCUGCCGUGCCCUCCAGCAGUGUGUCCGCACGCCGCCGUGCCCUCCAGCAGUGUGUCAGCACGCCGCCGUGCCCUCCAGCACUGUGUCCGCAUGCCGCCGUGCCCUCCAGCAGUGUGUCUGCACGCCGCCGUGCCCUCCAGCACUGUGUCUGCACGCCGCCGUGCCCUCCAGCACUGUGUCCGCACACCGCCGUGCCCUCCAGCAGUGUGUCCGCACGCUGCCGUGCCCUCCAGCAGUGUGUCAGCACGCCGCCGUGCCCUCCAGCAGUGUGUCCGCACGCCGCCGUGCCCUCCAGCAGUGUGUCAGCACGCCGCCGUGCCCUCCAGCACUGUGUCUGCACGCCGCCGUGCCCUCCAGCAGUGUGUCUGCACGCCGCCGUGCCCUCCAGCACUGUGUCUGCACGCCGCCGUGCCCUCCAGCACUGUGUCUGCACGCCGCCGUGCCCUCCAGCACUGUGUCAGCACGCCGCCGUGCCCUCCAGCAGUGUGUCAGCACGCCGCCGUGCUCUCCAGCACUGUGUCAGCACGCUGCCGUGCCCUCCAGCACUGUGUCUGCACGCCGCCGUGCUCUCCAGCACUGUGUAACCCUUGUGAGAGGUGCACUUGACGACCCAAAGGCUUCAUGA